AUGGACCAGUCGAAUGGAAGGAUAAUCAAGAAUUCCAGCUGUGCCGAGUGUAAGAGAUUGAAACUGAAAUGCUCACGUCAAUGGCCUUGUACGACCUGCAUCAAGCGAGGAUGUGCCCAUGUCUGUCCAACGGGGGAGACGAGAAUCAUCAAGGGCAAACGAGUCGUGUCUGCAGAGACCGAAGCGCUCAACGACCGGAUCGCUGAACUUGAGAAAGCACUCGCUCAUGCUCACGCACGACACUCGCUCGAUACCCACCCGCUGCUCCUGCAUUCCUAUCACAAGUUUGACGUCAAGCCUCAGGUACAGGCACUGGACCUGCAGAGAGGAGAGGCGCAGAUCGAGCAGGCUUUUGGAACGCUCACAAUGGGUAGGGAUGGCCAGGCACGCUUCAUAGGGGGUCUGGCAGGGAGCGAAUACCUUCAAGAUGGAGACGAGAAGCCCAAUAGAGGCCGGCCCGUCUUUUCCGAAGCAAGUGGCCUUGCCACGCCCCCUGAGACUGCGGGUCUGCACGUCAGUCCCCGAUUCGAUGGCAUUGACGAUCUUUGGGAACCAGCCCUGGGCCUAGUGGCACCUGGCCGAGGAGGUACCAAUACGGGACCCCGAACUGUCCUCGGACGCCUGCCCUCGUGGGAUGACGAGGGUAGUAUUCUCGUCGCCAACUAUCGGGAUAACGUGGACUGGAUGCAUCACCCUAUCCCUCGUGUUACCUUCGAGCAGGACUACCUGACAGUCUAUGAUGCCAAGUAUCCACCGAACGCCAACAAAUUAGCCUGCGUCUUCAUCGUCAUGGGGCUAGGGGCGCUUUUCGAUCUUGAUGGCUCGCAUAGCAAGUUUCAUCCUCGCAAGGGGAGCGCUUCUGAUCCAGAUCUAUUAGAUCAACACCGAGCCCAGGAAUUGUACAGAAACGGUGUAGCAUGCCUUCAAGCAGAGGGCGCGUCACAGCCGUCGUUGGCUUCGGUCCAGGCCCUCUUGUUAUGUGCGACCUUCUUGCUCAACACGGAUGAUACAUCGGCCCCGGAGACAGCAUGGCUGAUUCUCGGAACGGCAGUCAAGAUGGCGCAAAGGCUCGGGCUGCAUCGAGAUGGCGACGUCUUUGGCUUGUCGCCGAAAGAGACGGCAGAGAGACGACGGGUAUGGUGGGAAUUGAUGAUGCAGGAUCGUCUUCAAGCCUUGUGUUUCGGCAGACCUUGCACGAGCAGCAACAAGUCUUGCGAUACGAUGUUCCCGAGUAGUCAUGACCACUUGACGACUGAGAAACAUGCCUUUCAUGGUCAAAUGUAUCGUCUGGCAAGAAUGACAGAACAGGUCAUCGAUCUGCAAACACAGAAUGAUGCAGCUUCCGUUGAGCAGAUCCUUCGAAUCGAUCAGAACAUACAGGAUUUCACGGACUCGAUGCCAGAGUGUCUCAUGGCAGGCGUGGCUACCGGCUCUCUGCCGCUGGACCACGAAGUGCAUCCGCAUCUGGUUCUACAACGACUCACCAUACGCCUGCUUGUGGCACAUGUCCGCGUCCUGCUGAAUCGCUCAGCAUUUGCUCAAGCGCUUCGGAACAACCCUGAUGAUCCUAGCACUGGGCGUUCUGGCAAGUCUUUCGUAAGCUUGUUCGAGAAUGCACUGGAGAUCAUCAACAGCUUGAACGCCUUGAUCAUCUAUCACCCUUCUCUGGUCACUAGAUGGUGGUUCUACUGGAAUCACUGUGCCAGUGCGUGUGUCUGUCUAGCCGCUGUCGCGAUUCGUGCUCCGAACUGUCCUUUCGCCUCGCCUGCGUAUCAUGCCUUGACAAGAGCGGUGGGUAUAUGUCAGGCGUUGAAGGAUGGAACCAGGGCAAAACGGGUCCUGCCGCCUCUUAUCAGACUCCAAGAGAGAGCCUCCGAUGCUCUCCAUGGACAAACACAGGAUGCGACAGGACUGCGCGGCACAAACGGUUCUCACUCGCCAGAUGAGGACUUGGCUCAUCUGACCAGCAUAGCGAGGCUGCGACGGCUAGAUGAGCAAGCUCAGAAAUCUCAAGACUCACCAGAGGGUGACUAUCUGUUAUCUCAAACCAAACAGACAGGACGGUCGUCGGAAUCCGACCUAUCGCCGAGCCUGGAGGGGGCCGAUCACUCGCCUCUUUCUGUCGGAUCUAUGGCUACAUCAGACACGAUGGUCGAUUUCAUGACCACUACGGACAUUGGGACAGGUGGUAUCAUUGUUAUGCCAUCAAGAGGUGCUGUGCCACCACCACCGCCGGAGCUACAGUCUGCAGCGGGAGCUCUGGAGAACGCAGAUGGUCAGGUUGGCGCUCCGGCAAUAACAUCUGCUCGAAUACGCAAGUCUUUGAAGAGACUUAGACGAACUACAGUCAGCUCUCUGGAGACUUGUGAGGAGAGCAACGACUCAGGACAGGCUUUGUCGGUCUCGAGAGGUUUCGAACAUCAGCCUGACCAUUAUGGGACCUCCGGCUCGACAUCUCACGGUCAUGUCGAUCUCAAUACAGAUCGCACGCGUGGACAGCGUCCUGUGAAUCCGGCUCAACCUCAUGCAGAUUUGACCCGCCCAACAGAGCUAUGGACCGCGCUCUCAGAUAUCGUAUCAUCCAGCACCUCAACGAGCACGAACGCGGUCCAAAACACGGGACACGGUCACCCUGCGGAGGCGGCAUAUCACUACCUACUGGUCCAAGCUGGUCAGAUGCCGUAUACCCCAACACCAACGCAGUAUCCGAAUCACUACACAGCUUCUUUACUGUUCAGCAAUACACCAUGGGGUGGGGCGGGAUCAACGACAGCCCGCGAGCAGCCUGCCAACACGAUGAACGUAUACCCAUCCGCAUGUACUGGAUCAGUACCGAUCCUUGAUGAAAUGCCCGAGGACUUUGAUUUUGAGCUGUACGUCAAUCAGCUAGCUGAUGGCUGUAUACUGGCGGGAAGUGAGUGA